AGAAUCUAUUGAUGAAUGAUGCAAUGAGAAAAUCAAUAUAAAAGAUCGUACUAAAUUGUUUACUGGAUAUAAAAUAUUUAAUUAUGAACGGACUUAGAGUAUUUUGUUUUUCUACAAUUCUUCUCACUGCAUUUGUUGCUGGUGAUAAUUUGCCCUUUAGACAAGGGAGAACUUAUUCAUCGAAUUUUCGAUUAUUUCCACCAAUACCAAAUGCAUUGCGUGGCUUUGGUUCAAGUAGUAUUUCUAAAUCUUCCAGCAGUAUUAUUAACGGUCAUCCUGAGACAAUCACUAAAACUCAAGUGAGCGGCAGUGCUUCUGCCAAUGCCAAUGCACAAAUAAAUGAAGGAUUUGGUUUGAAUGGUGCUUUUCAAACUAAUGGUUUUUUCGGUGCAAAUCGUGGAGGACUUUCUGGUGAUGUCAAUAAUAAUAAUAACAAUAAUGGAAUUUUCAAUGAUAAAGUAGAGGGAAAAAAUCAAGACAGUUGUCAAAAUAAGGAACAAACACAACAACAAAAACAAAGUGGAUUCCAAACGAAUAACGGUGGUCAAAAUAAAGCUGAAAAUAAUUUCUUGGAAGGAGGUUUUGGUCAGAAUUGCAAUUGUAUUUGUCAAGGAAUCAAGCCAUUUGAAAAAACUGAUACUAAUAACAAAAGUAACGCUGACUCCAACGCAGGAAUUAACAUUAUUGACACACGUUUUGGAUCAAAUGGAAUUCAUGAAAGUGGUACUUUCGAAAAAGGACCUUCAAGAGGUAUUUCCAGUAGCAGUUCUGCCCAAUCUUUUCCUGAUGGAUCUGGUUCCUUUGAAGUAUCAGCUACUAAAAUUACUACCUAAUUGAAACAUUGACCUUUCUAUAUGCGAUAAUUUAUAAUAAGAAUAAUUCACUAUAUUUCCAUUUUUUUUUUUGCUCUUCAAUUUAAGGAAAAACAAAUUAUUAUUUUAACAUAUUUAUUAAAUAGGAAUCUAAUUCUCCAAGAGGAUAACAAAAAAAAAAAAAAAAAUUUUAAUAUACCAAUUUCUUUGUUUUCAGAAUAUUUCAUUCUUGUUUUUUCCUUUAGGGGGGCCAGGGUUACUUGGCGCACUUUUUACUCUUUGUUGUGUAAUUCACUCAUUUUUAUACCACUUUAUUUGAAGCUGUGCAAAGCGCGCCAAGCAACCCCGACGCAGGAGUGAAAUUAAAAUUAAAUUAUAUGAUUUAAAGUUUAAAUAAUAUAAGACUUAACAAAAUAAGUCUUGUACUGUAAUUUUACAAUAAAAUUAUUUUAAAUUUAAAAAUUAGAAAAUUUCAUUUAAAUUAAAUGAAAUUUGAUUUAAAUGAAAUCGUAUAAAAUUACCAAAAAAUAUUUUUUUUUUUGAUAAUAACGCUGUGAAUAUCUAAAAACCAUUAUUGGGUUAAAUUUUUUGAAUAGGAUUAUUAUUGGUGCUUAUUAAUGUGUAAAUUUCAUAUAAUCAACUACAUUUUAUUCAUAUUUAACGAAAUUUUCAGAUAACCGCGCCACCUAACCCCGAAUGUACUUUUGAAAUAUUUAUUAAUUUUUUAUAAAAACUGUUAAUAUAAAUAAAAAAAAAUUUUUUGUUUCUUAAUAACAAAUGUAUAGAGCUCAAAACUAAAUAUUUGAGCUCUUCUAAAAUUAAUUUUUUAAAGAAAUAUCACAAAAAAAUGAAGAGGUUAAAAAAUCACUUUAUAGGAGUGCCAAAAUCAGUUAUUUUAAUCUAUACUCCAAAAUAAUUAAUGAAUAUUAAUGAAAUUUUGUACAAACUUACAGUUCAUCAAGUACUUUAAGCAGAAUAAAGAGAAAAAUUAAGGCCAGGUCCAAGUGCGGCAGCGCCAUCUACAUUGAAACUAAAAUUUUGGAAAAUUUUCAACAGCCUUUUUUUGAAAACAAGAAGGUAAAAUGCUUUUUUCUUUAUGGAUAAUUGAUUAUUGACAAGAUAUACACCAGCUAAAACUUUUUUUGAGUUUAUUAAUUUUCCAAAUGGAAAUUGCAUUUUUGAUUGUAAUUUCUGAGAAAGUACUGUUACAGUUUUUGUGAAAAAAGUGCUCAUAUUUAAUUUAUCGACAUGAAAUUUUUUUCAUUAUUUUAACUCAAAAAAAGUUUUAGCUGGUGUAUAUCUUGCCAAUAAUCAAUUAUCCAUAAAGGAAAAAGCAUUUUACCAUUUUGUUUUCAAGAAAAGGCUGUUGAAAAUUUUCCAAAAUUUUAGUAUCAAUGUAGAUGGCGCUGCUUCGCUUGGACCUGGCCUUAAUGUAACUUAACACUUUUGAAUAAACUCAAGUGCGCCAAGCAACCCCUGCGCCAAACAACCCCUGUCUCCCUUAUAGCAUCUAUAAGAAUAAUAAUGAAAAAGAUUUCAAAAAUGGAAAUAAGUUUUUUUGUGUAAGAUAAUAAAUGUAAAUUAAGAAAAAAAUAAAUUAAAUGAUGUUGUAAAA